CAAGACAAAAUGUUUACGACUUAUGUCAAACACUAUAAUACAUGUUUCGUGGAAAUAGUUGUUGGUUUUCCCAGUCAAAUUGUUUAAUAGUUGAAAGGAACUCUAACACCAUAAGAAAUAAAUUUCGAAUUUUUUGGAAUCUUAACUUUUUCACUUCUUAAAUCUUUUCUUUUUCAAAUGAAUCUAUCAUAUCAGAGCGGGAGGUUUGUGGAGAUUGGAGUUACUUUAAUAGUUGAAUUCAUGAGUCGAUCUGAGCUAGAUUACUAUUGAAAACCUGGACAUUAACGCCGUUAGAUGCUGUCUCAGUGGUCUAGAGGUUAAGUGCUCGAGGGCGAGACUGAAAGUCAUGGGUCAAGUCCCGCAUGGAGGAUCGUGGAUAAACCGUACUAAGGAGUCCCGUGCUAAAACGAAACGGCCUUCCAGAGCUUCUUGGUUUUCAGUAGUAGUCUAUCUUAGAUCGAUUCAUGAAUUCAACUAUUAAAACAUCCAUCAUAUGUUUACUAUCAUCAAAUUAAAAACGUUGUUUUUUUAUGUUUGACUUAAAUGAAAUUAAAAACAAUACAGGAAAUUAAAGCUAAAGAUGAUCAUUAUGUAAGAGAAUUAAAGAAACGCACAGAUGAUAUUGAUUUAUUAGCCGAACGAAUGGAAUCACAAAUUAAAGCUAUUCAAAGAACCUAUCGGGAAGAACUAAUUGCCAUUGAAAAUGCAUUUUUAGAUCAAAGAGAAAAAUUAACUAGUGAACAAAAUGCUGAAUGGGGAAUGUUGAUGAAUGAAAUCAAACAGAAACAAACUAAUUAUUUAAAACAACGUGAAGAUCAGGCUAUUGAAUAUGAGAAAGAACUUUAUGAUCUACGCACUAAAUAUUCAGAAGAGUACAAUGCACUGAAAAUAUCAUUGGGCGCUGAAGUCGAGACAUUUGAAAGUCAUUUACAAAAAUUAAAAUCUACAUAUCAAUUGAAUUUAGAAAAAUUAGAUUAUAAUUAUCAAGUUUUAAAACGACGUGAUGAAGAGAAUACAGUGCUUAAAUCAAAUCAAAAGAGAAGAAUUACACGUCUACAAGAUACAUUGAAUAAUUUACGUAUAAAAUCAACUAAACAAGAACAACAAUACAAAGUAGAAAAUGAACAGUUAUCUGAAGAUUAUAAAAGAAGAAUGGAAAAUUAUAGUGAUUUACAAAAGAAAUCAAAAUUGUUAAUAGAAAGUGUACAACGAAAUUUUCAUGAUAUUUGGAUAAUGAAUGAAGAGAAUUUGAAACAAUUAGGUAAUCGUCUUUUGGAAGCACAUCGAAUUAUUACUGAACAACAACUUGGCUUAACAUGGAACCCACCAGAUAUAUCAUUCAUGGAAAAUGUAGGUCCAGUGAAACAGAUCACCAGUAUACCUCCAGCUAUAAUUGCAAUGGAAUUAGCCUUACAAUCUGAUAAGAAAAACUUUCCAGAUUCACAGAAUGUGACCUCAGAAAAUAAAAUACCUACAACAUUGAAAGAAGUUUCAUCAAAAACUGUACAAGAAUUUUUGCACUUACUGUGUUAUGAGCCUGAAUUUUUAAUUGAUGAAAACAUAAAACGUUUGUUAGAACCGUUAGGAUAUGAAGAAGGGUUACUUUUACGUCUAGAUACAAUACUAACGGUUUUAGGUGUACAAACAGAAGAAGAUUUAAAUAUGUUAUUUACAUAUUUUGUCGAACAACAAAAAGAUAAUAAAUCUCAGCUUAAACGUGUACCUUCAACAACCAUUGAAGAAUCAAGUGAAUCUCUUCAGAAAUCUCCAUCGAAAUAUACCAGCUCACAAGAUGAAAGUAAUAAAGUUCAAUCAACUGUUAAUGAAAAAUGUUCAAUAAAGAUUGAUCAUUCAGAUGAUGAAAUAAAAGCUGAUGAAUCAUCCAUAUCUCAUGAAACUCAAACAUCUUCAUUAAAAUGGAAUUUAAUUUCACCGGUACAUGUGAUCGAUGCAAUAUAUAAAUUUACUGAAGAUAUGCAUAGAUGUAAACAUCCGAAGGAUAAAAAUAACGUCGAUAAUCAAAAUGAUGGUGAUAAUGAUGAUGAUGAUGAUGAUGGUGGUAGUGGUGGUGAUGAUGAUAAUAAUAAGAACAAUAAAAGUACAAAAUCUACAGAAACUUGUAUUCAAUUAAAUCAUAAAUUCAAAAAUAAUUUACCAUUAAUUACAAUGAAAAAUUUAUCAUCAUUAAAUAAUAUUGAAAUCAAUAAAAAACCAUUUAAUUUUAAUAAAAUUAAUAUAUUUGAUGAUUAUAGAAUUCGUAAUGAUUCAAAUGAUUUAAUCUAUUGGAAUAAAUAUAAACAGAACAUAGUCACUGAAGAAUGGGAAGAUAUGUGGAAUAAUUUAUAUCUAGCUUUAGAAAAAUAUUACAAUGUACUGAAACAUCGAGCCAAAUUAAUACAUGAUACAGAUGGUUUAAGAAAACAAAAUGCUGAACUACGACAUUUAUUACAACAAUAUAUGAAUUCCAAGGGGAUGACUCUCCAGCGAGCUCAAACUUACUUGAAAAAUGUCAUUGAGAAGAAAGAGAUUAUUCCUUUCCGACGAUUCAAUGGUGGCGUUGGUCGUCAUGCUCAGGCAAAAGUCUGGAAAACAACUCAGGGUAGAUGGCCUAAGAAGUCUGCUCAGAUGCUUCUUCAGCUUCUGCACAAUGCAUUCAGCAAUGGUGUAUACAAAGAUAUAAAAGGAGGAGAAGCCAGUCGUUUGUAUAUCAAACACAUUCAGGUAAACCAAGCACCUAAAAUGCGACGUCGUACUUAUCGUGCCCAUGGUCGUAUUAAUCCUUACAUGUGCUCACCAUGCCAUGUAGAAGUCAUACUUGCUACAAAAGAUGAUAUUGUCCCUAAGGUCCCUGCAGCUGCACCACAGUUAGUAAAGAAAAAGGAAUCUAAGAAAAAGAUGAAAAAGCAACUAAUGAAGGAGAGUGCUGGUUUUUAA